CAGUGACGUCAUUUAACUGUCAUGGCCGCUCCCAUCGCGCUCAUUCAAGGGGCCAGCAGAGGACUGGGGCUUCAAUUCUGCAAACAUAUCUUGAAACAAAAAACUCCCGCUGUCGUUGUAGCGACAUGUCGAAACCCUGAUGGCGCGGCCGAGCUGCGGGGCCUGGCCGGCCACCACCCGGGCAGACUGACGGUCCUCAGGCUUGACGUGAACCGGGAGGAGGACAUCCGCGGAGCUGCGGAGCGGGUGAAGGAGAGCUUCGGUCGGCUGGAUCUGAUGGUUAACUCUUCAGCGAUGCUUCACCCCUCCGGAAAAGGAGAGACCAGCCUGAGGGAUGUUUCUGCACAGGGCAUCAUUUCCACCUUGACGACCAACACAGUGGGUCCCCUUGUCAUGGCCAAGUAUUUUGCCCCCCUCCUUCAGAAAGGUGGAGGUGGUUUUGGUCAACAGCCCGCAGAGAAAGCAAAGCAGCACAGCGGCAUCAUCGUCAACAUCACGGCCAAGGUGGGAUCCAUUGGCGACAACAGUCUUGGUGGUUGGUACAGCUACAGAAUGUCUAAAGCAGCUCUCAACAUGGCUACCAGGAAUCUGUCUAUAGAGCUGGGUCGCAGUCGACCCAAGGUGGUUUGUGUGUCCUUACAUCCAGGAACAGUCAACACAGACCUCUCCCGGCCAUAUCACAGGAAUGUGCCAAAAGACAAGUUGUUCGGUCCCGAUCACUCUGUGUACUGUCUGAUGAGCAUCAUCGACACACUGAAUAUCGAAAAGACUGGCAAGGCGUACAGCUGGGACGGGACUGAACUUCCGUGGUAGAAUAAAUAAAUGGACAAAGAGAGAAAUUUAUUUACUCACCUCUAUUCUUGAUGCUAAAUCUCUCAGCACUGUCUAGAUUGUGAAAUAAGCAUUUUACACUGUAAAGUGGAAGCCGGUGCUAUACAGGAGGUUCCUGGUGGAGUCAGUCUUAAACUGCCAAAGACAAAGACUUUCCACUACCUGACAACCAGCCAAGUGUUUAAAUAAUUUUUAACGCUUAUAUUAAUAAUGCCAUCACAUAAAGGCCUUAUUUGGCCUUAAGGUUUGAUGCAAUUGUAAUACUAAUGAUUUCAUGUAGCACACAGAGAGUAGAUUUUGGUGGUGGAAAUAAAAUAAUAUCAUAUUAA